GGCUCUGCUUGCCGGCAUCGUUUAACCGACCGCCCGAAUUAACAGAGCUUUCGGCCGGACGCGGAGAACAUCCCAAUCUGGAAUGGGGAAAGAUGGAACGGGCAAAAAAAAAAAAAAUUUAAAAAAUUAAAAAGAAAAAAAAAAAAUUAAAUUAAAUUGACACUAAACCAUUGACCAGUGCAACGAUGUGCAUACUACGAAACAUCAUGAAUCGAACUGCAGGGCAAAUAUCUGCCCCUGUGUGACCUCUCCAACCGAUUUAUCGUCGCUCUGACCCUCUUUUCCUACCACUUUCCGACGACAGUGUGCCUGUCGGCCUCCCCGAGCGAAAAACGAAGCACAAGGGGUUCUCCACAAUGCCGCGCGAUAUCCUCGUCGUCGGUGCGGGUAUUGCUGGUCUCGCCAGUGCGAUUGCCCUUUCCAACGAGCUCGCCCCCGUCGUUCCCGGAUUGAAAAUCACGGUGUAUGAUGGCGCACGGGAGCUCACGACGUCAGGCGGCGCCAUCAGUUUGACACCGGUCGCUCAGAGGUAUCUCGAUGAGUUAGGGGUCUUAUCCGAGUUGAACCAGAUGGGUGAUCACGCUGGGAUUGAAGUGGACGCCAUUGAUUUGUUUUCUGUGCGUGUUGGCCGCCGUUUGGGGCCCCUCCGAUUUACCGAUGAGAACGGACAUGGUUACGGUGGCUAUAAGGGUCGUCGGGUAUUGCGCAGCGCUUUGUCGGAAGCCAUGUUGACAGUGGCUCGCAGGCUGCCAAAUGUCUCGGUUCACUACGAUAAAAAGCUAGUCAGAGGAAACACAACGGCGGAGAAUGUCACAUUGCAGUUCGAAGAUGGUUCAACCGCCACGGGGGACUUGGUCUUGGGAGGCGAUGGAGUUCACUCGGCGACACGAACAAAAAUCGUAGAUCCCGGCAACAGAUCCGAGUAUACCGGUAUCUCUUUCAUACAAAGCAUGGCCGACGCCCAGAACUUUACCGCAACGAUGCCCUUUACUCAAACCGCGGUACAUCUCGCCCGGCAUAGCUCGCUCCUAACGAGCUACUGCGACCCAAAACACGAGAAGCUCUUUGUGGCGGCUAUCGUUCGCGUGAGCGAACACCUGAUCGAGAAAUACCAGGCGAUGUCGGGAACGGACCUGGCGGCACAGAAGAACAUGAGGAUGUCAAUGCGCUACCUGGUCCGGGCGCAGUUCGGCAUGUCAAGUCUACCGUACAUCCGCGAGAUCAUUGAUCGCACCGAGGAUUGGAUGUUAUACCCUGUAUACCAGGUUCGUCAACGAGGAAAAUGGCACACAGAUCGGAUACUGUUACUCGGCGAUGCCGCGCACGCAAUGCCUCCGCGCGAUGAAUCGGCUGCGUAUGCGGUAGAGGAUGCGAUCAUAUUUUCCAAACUCUUGGCGCAGAAUCCCGACUGUCAGCUAAUCACAUUGUUUGAAGAAUACGAAGAGCUUCGACGAGGACUAGUCAACAAGGCAUUUGAUGCGUCACGCAGGCUGUGGCAAAGUGACCUUGACAAGGGCCUCUUUCCUGGCCAAACUCGCGAUCUGAUGUCUCCUGUCCAUCUUCCACCCGACAGCCAUAUUGGAAGGCGUGCCACACAGCCGAUCAACAAGACUACACUACCCGCUCCGACCCACGAGAGCUUCUCAGAUCUGUCCGUGUACUCGUUAACCAGCGAUCUUGGGCGAACUGUCGACGCGACGAAUGUUGAUUAACGCCGAUCACCAAAAUGGAAGCUUGGCUGCCAUAGGUGUACGUCUACUUCGCUGCACCUACAUAUGCGUGGCCACAAACGGCCCGCUUAUAGUUGAUUUACGGCAUUAUAUUCAAGAGAUUCGUCACAGUGGUCUAGUGGCCAUGCUCCUGUUCUGUGCCCACCUUUUCUUAUUCGCCAUAGAGAUUCCCAUUUCACCAUACGUGUUUUAUUUAGAUGAUACUAUGUCGCUUCGUUGGCUGCUUUUAAUCAUUGCUUUCCGGUUCCACCCUAGGAUCGUUUUAUGGUACACUGUUUAAUACAACUCAUACAUCCAGGCUGGUAAUGCUGGUGGUUAUCUUCCUUUAUGUGCUAAAGCGCAGCAAUAUCCUGCGGUUUGAAAGACAAGACGCAUUCUAUCUCCUAAAAUUCACUAUUCUCAUGGCCCUUCCCUGUUGAACCUCUCUUUGAUACCUUGUGUCAUGCCCCUAUCCUGGUCCGUGAGUCAAUUCUAGAGGUGAGAUGAUGCGAGAAAAUGGAGAGGUUAAGGAGAUCGUA